AAUAUAACGGUGAUUUUGUAGACAAAUAUUUAAMAGCAUAAAAAAUUGCAUUGAUUACACAUAUAUGUAUAGUAUAACCAAAUGUAUAACCGAUUUAAUACCCGAAAUUAUUGAAAUUAAAUGAAAAUUUGUGAGUUCUGCUGCCGUUUAACGCAAAGCACAACCCGUGGAGUUCACAGCGCAUUACAACGGUGAUCAUGCGGCGACUGUGGCAAUUCGUUAUUUAUGCCACAAUACUCUCUUUGUGCGAGGUUUGCAACGGCACAACGGCAAAACCUUACACAGAAGAUGAAACAACGACAAUAAUACCAGUUACAACAACAACGAACGCAAAUACGUUUGAAACGACAACGUUAACAACAGCAACUAAUUUAUCAGAACCAUUGCCCAUAUUAGCAGCGAAAUUGGUGCGACAACGUCGGCAACACCCGUACACCGUUAUAAGGCAUGUGGUGCGGUCCUCGAAGCGCGGCACGAAGUCACGGCGACGUCAGAAGUGGCCAAAAUACAAAUAUGGACCACCAAAUUACAGCAUCGAUCACCCAAUCACUUACUACAAGCCAACGAAACAAUAUUUACCCGAGAUAGCAGAGCCACCGAAAUAUUCGUCAAUCGACGAAUUGGAUUUGACAAAUCACUUUAAUUUCGCCGAUUAUGAUGGGCAUGCACAAAAGGGUAAUCACUAUGAAGAUCAAACCAUGGAUUUGGAUUUCUACAGCAAUACGGACCACUCGUUUCCGGAAGAGCCUAAAGUCACACAUAUAGAAUACAGCACAUAUGAUGCGAAGAAAGAGGUGCCGACCUAUUCGUAUACGUCGACCAAAACGGAAAUUAGAAAGCCAUAUUUGAAAGUGCAAAGCUACAAAGGACCGAAGCAUCAUGGCGGCGGAUAUGAAAUGUCAAGCAGCAGCAGCGGAGAUUCGGGUUACGAGGAUACGCACUCGUUCAUACCACCCGACAAUGUGUACGACAUGCACCCGCUGAGCAGCUACGAUACGCCUUCGCCACAGCAUGACGGCAAUUAUUACGACUACACACCAGUAGACACUAGUUCGCAUUCGAACACGCAUAUACCGGCCGCAAAGUAUGGCGUACCAGAUACGAAUAUACCGGUACUUUUCACACCACCAGCCAAGCAACCGGAUUAUCACGCCCCAAAGCCAACAGCCGCCGAUAGCUAUAGCAUUUAUGAUAAGAAAAUACCAAAUGCGGGCUAUAACUCGGUGAAAACAUCAGGUCAUACUAGCUUUGCCGAACCACCGCCGAAAACCAAUGUCGAGAUCACCUAUUCACCUUCUUAUGAGAUCACCUUACCACCAUCGAAUCAUAAGCCUACAGCGGUAGAAGAUUAUCGACCAGUACCUGGCCACUUUGCUGAGCCGCCAGCAGAGCCGACGCCUUCUUAUCAUCCACCCAAAACAUCGGGGUAUCGACCCACAACUACGUAUCGAAUACCUGAAACCCCAGCACCACCUGCAUAUAGUCCAACUCCACCACCCCCUCCUCCGCCAUCUUAUCACCCGCCUGAGACGCAUGAUCCACCUGAGUCACAUGCACCUCCAUCAUAUGAUAUACCCGAAUCACAUGAAAUUGCUUCUUAUGAAGAAACCGAUUUGCAUGAGCCGCCAUCUUAUCAAUCACCCGAUAUACAUGCGCCCACAUCUUAUGAGGUGCCUGAAUUGCCCCAAGAUCCACCUUCAUAUCAGCCUCCUGAGCCACCAAUACAUCCGCCGUCAAGUGGUUUUGAAGUGCCCGCGCCACAUCCGCCGCCAGCAUACAGCGCACCCGAGCCACCUCAACCACCAUCUACCUAUGACCCACCCGACCCAAACCUCCCAAGUCCAUCCGUGCCUUCGCAGUAUCCACAGCCUGACUACAUAUCACCCUCGAAUAAUUUGCCCAUUAACUCUAAAUAUAUGCCGCCAGCAUAUGACUACCCAAGAUCGAGUUAUGAAGUACCCAUAUAUGACCCGAUUCCUUUCGAGGCAUCGAACAACGAUGAACACGAAACAUAUCCGCCGCACACAUUCGAGAAUCAGCACAUCGACAAUCACGCACAAUCGGCAUCCUCACCCAUACCAACCGCCGAUGCACCAGCAACGCGUCACCCUGCGAAUAAAUUAAAUACGCCAUCACCUACAACAAUUACGAAGGCAUUUAAAGUGAAAACCAAACGUAAGCGUUUGCGUAAUAGCACACCGGCUGUCACCACCAAACAUAUAUUGGACGCGCCCGAAUUGGAGGAGGCAUUCGAGGCAGGUCAACGUCAUAAGAACCAAUUGGCGCUAAGCCCCGACACUGUCGUCAAUGAAUCCAAUUACGUGGAGGCACAACGCCAUGACGAACCCAACUAUUUCUUGCCCACUAUCACGCCGGAUGUGGGGAACGAUAACAGUUACGUUAGUACCGCAUGGAAUCCCAUACGUAUACGUGCCGCAAGUACGCCCACAGCACUACCUGCCGUUACGGCAACGAAGGCUCAGACAGCCUCGGUA